UGCCUUAGCCGGCCUCUUUUUGCCGUGAGGUGAAGAUCUCCAUACGGCGUUGUCUCGUGCUCUCCCACUAAACUCGUUACGCAGGGAAAGUGGUCACGAUGUCCGGAGGUCUGGAUGUCCUUCAGAUGAAGGAGGAGGAUGUGCUGAAGUUCCUCGCUGCAGGAACCCAUCUGGGUGGAACCAACCUGGACUUUCAGAUGGAGCAGUAUGUCUACAAGAGAAAAAGUGACGGCAUUUACAUCAUCAACCUGAAGAAAACUUGGGAAAAGCUGCUGUUGGCUGCUCGUGCCAUAGUUGCCAUUGAGAACCCCGCUGAUGUUUGUGUCAUUUCAUCCAGGAACACCGGCCAGAGGGCGGUGCUUAAGUUCGCCUCUGGGACUGGUGCUACCACCUUUGCUGGGCGCUUCACGCCUGGUACAUUCACCAAUCAGAUUCAGGCUGCCUUCAGGGAGCCCCGCCUCCUGAUUGUGACUGACCCUCGUGCUGACCACCAGCCGCUGACUGAGGCUUCAUACGUGAACAUCCCCACCAUCGCUCUGUGCAACACAGACUCCCCACUCAGAUAUGUUGAUAUUGCCAUCCCCUGCAACAACAAGGGUCCUCACUCUGUGGGUCUGAUGUGGUGGAUGUUGGCCCGUGAGGUGCUGAGGAUGCGUGGUACCAUUUCCCGUGAGCAUCCGUGGGAGGUGAUGCCUGAUCUCUACUUCUACAGAGAUCCUGAGGAGAUUGAGAAGGAGGAGCAGGCUGCAGCAGAGAAGGCUGUAGGGAAGGAGGAGUUCCAGGGUGAGUGGUCUGCUCCGGUUGCUGAUAUUGCUCAGCUUGAAGUACCUGACUGGUCUGAGGGCGUGCAGGUCCCAUCAGUACCCAUACAGCAGUUCCCCGCUGGCAUUGAGGCUGCUACUGCUGCUGCCGCCGUCGUCGCUGCCAAACCUGGUCCCACCACUGAGGGUUAUUCCGAGGACUGGAGUGCUCAGCCUGCCACUGAGGAUUGGAGCGCAGCCCCCACUGCUCAGGCUGGAGACUGGGGUGGCUCCGCUGCUGAGUGGUCCUAAACACACUCUUCAACUUGUUAAUCCUGAGCCAAUAAACUUGUUGGCUUGAUUAAAGUGUUGUGAUGUCAUUAAUUUACACCUCCUUAAUGUACAUUGUGUUAGUGUGUAACAGUCGCAGGUCAGGGUUAGAGGACUUAUUGACCAGAUGUGUCAGGGUGUAGAUAUCAGGGCUGAGAUCCAGUAGUACAUGAAGGUGCUGUAUUAUGCUGGCUAAUAUAAUGCUUAUAACAAAAUGCAUUUAGUGUGACAGGUUGUAAUAUGUAGGGAAAAUCACUAUUGACAAGUGGUUAUUUGAACCAUGAUUUGUUAUAGGUAUACAAAAAUAAAAGAAUGCAUUUUUGUUUAA